CCGAGUUAUCGCCGACAGGAAAUGUCAGGUAAACAUUUUUAAAACAUUCUUGACAAAAUUGACGGUCACCCUCAUGUAAAAGAGAUCCCAAGUCGUCACGGGGAAAAACGCAGGGUUGCAAGUUUACCUAUGAAAUUAAAUAAACUGUCCGAAAUCGAGGCAAAAUAGUGUUUUACAAUCUGAGGGGACCUAAAAAUGCAGCCGUGAGGCUGAAAACACAAUACCCAUUUCGGAUCUGGUCCAGAAAACUUUAAUGGGGUCCUCUCCCAAGUCCCUGCAAAUGCAAAAUUUGGUGUAUUAUUCAUGCGUAUCGAGGGCUACCACGAUUUUAGCGGAGCACAGCGAAGGCGAUUUGGAGUUAGAGGAGUUAGCUACUCAAUGCCUAGAAAAAAUCCCUCCUUUGCACAGCCGAUUUACUCACACAACCAGGAAAAAAAUGUUUAAUUUUUUGAUGGACGGCCCUUUUGUUUACUUUGCCAUUGUUGACGAGGCCCUGGGAAAAUCUAAGGCUUUUUCAUUCCUGGAGAACGUCAGGGACGAGUUUAAAAAGCUAUUGAAGGCUAAGGGCAACUGCUCCGACGGGUUGUUGUUUAGUUCCUGCUGUUUUAGAGACGAAUUUGGACCAGUUUAUAAGAAACUGGUAAGCCCUUUGGUGGGUGUUCCACAAAUAGAGAAGGAUCGGAUUUUGGAGGAGGAAAUGGCGGCGCCCGCAACCCAAUCUGGUAUAAUAACUCAUCAAUCGCCCCAGGUAUUUAGCUCUCCUACUGAUGCUUCUAUGCCAUUGUAUGACAAUGCUCAUGUUGGCGGUGAUUCCAAUAAUAGGCCAUUGUUGGGUGGUCAUGAAAAAAAGAAGAAUGCCAAUAAGAAGAAGAAUAAGGAUCAUGUCACAGAGAUUAGGGAUAUUGUCAUGGAAAAUAGCGGUAAGGCAUUGGAUAUUAAUAAGGGGAAUAGUAAUAGGGUUGAGAUAGUGAUGGAUGGUAACAGGUCAGGCGGGGCUUUGCCAACACCCCUGUCAUUGCAGAAGAGUGCUAGUUUCAGGAGUAAAGGGCAGCAAGUUGCUCAGAGGAUGUGGUGGCGCAAUGUCAGACUUGUUCUAUUUAUAGAUGUGGUUGUCUGUGCAAUUCUUUUUGGGGUUUGGCUUGGCAUCUGUAAUGGAUUCAAAUGCAUUUCAGAAUGAUGGAUUUGAUAGGGGGUUUGACAUAGAGAAAAGUUGGUGAAAGGUUUGCUAAGCCCAAAUAUUUGAAAUGUUGCCCAAAUAUAGCCCUCUUUUAGCAGACCCAUCCCUCCCUUGGCCAAGGUUCAUGAAUGUGCACUAUCAAAUGAAUGCCCCAACAGUACAGGACUAUUUGGUUCGAUAUUCCAAUGGACUAAGAUGAGUCCCUAUUGUGCUCUUGUUUAACUGGGCUUUUGUCCAAAAAAUUUCAUAGAUUUUUUUCUUGAGAGGCAUUCUGUAUGUAAAUAGACAGGCUGUGGAAUGAGGCUUUUGUGCAAUCCUUCUGUAUGAGAUUGGCUCAAGAAACUGAUUUCUUGGCGUUCUGCCAUAUUUUAGCCAUUGAUGAAAGGAGAACAGAUCACAAUGGACUGGUGCAUUAGAAUUGCUGGUUUUAGAGGGGUGUUUAUCAACUUGUAGUAUAAGGUACAACCAAACUUUAAAGAGCAAGUAUUGUUCCUACUCUAUUGGUUCCCUCGGCAUUUCAGGUGCACGGGAUGUUUCACAUUGUUCAAUUUUUGCUAUUUCUACUAUGGACUUGUACAUUGUUGCAUGAAGUAUUUUGUAUUUGCAGUUUAUCCUAUUUAUAUCAUAGACUUGUACAUGUUAUUUUGGCAA